GCGGGAUUGGAGCUUGCUCCCCCCUCCCCGCGUUUCUCCGUGGAGCGAAGAGACCCAAUGACCUAGAGAGUUAGUAAGCCAUGCGACCCGACGACAUCAACCCCCGGACCGGACUCGUGGUGGCUUUGGUCAGCGUCUUCUUGGUGUUUGGCUUCAUGUUCACGGUUUCCGGGAUCAAGGGCGAGACUUUGGGGGACAUCCCGCUCCUGGCCAUUGGGCCGGCCAUCUGCUUGCCCGGCAUCGCCGCUAUCGCCCUGACGAGGAAAACCGACGGCUGCACCAAGUGGCCCAACCGCAGCUAUUGCCCCCCGUGCAGCUGCUGCCGCAAGAAGCCCCAGGACAAAGAGGUCCUGGAGCUGCUGAGGACCCCUUCGGACCUGGAGUCCGGCAAAAGCAGCUGCGACGAGCUGGCCCCGCGAGCCUGCGCCGCCCAGCCGGCGAAGGCGAUCCACCAGGGGGCAGGCGGAGGGAAGGACUCACUCGCCACCCCCGCCGCGCGGGACUGCGGGGGCUUGGCCCCCAGAGUGGCUCAGGAGGAAAUGUUGAGGUACUUGGAGAGGUGCUACCCGGAGAUGCCUGGCGGGAACGUCUUUGUGGCCGAGGCCUCGCCUUACAGUGCCUUAGACCAGCCGCGGGGGGAGUCCCCUGCUUUCGAGGGGGCCGUCGCCGCGUGGCCGGCGGAGGACGACCUUAACGUCGUCCCCAGUGACAGCGUCAUCGUCUGCUCCUACACGGAGACCAGCCCUUACGACAGGUACUGUUGUUACAUAAACCCCACGGAAGACCUCACCUCGGAUCCCCAGGCGAUCGUUUGAACGGACCGAACCGUCUUGGCGAGCCUCGGCGCUUCCUUCGAGCUUUCUCUUUCGAGUUGGCCCUCGCUCUUUCAAACGGGGACAAACAAUACUGACGAUAACCCCACCCCCACCCUUUUUCAAGUAACGAUAACGGUAGUAAUACAUAAUGAUAAUAUUAUAAUCAUAUUAGCUGGUUUUGCACUGCAUGGGGCUAGCCUCAUAGCUCAGCUGUUAACUUUAAAACCUGGUAUGUGACUGAUACGCGAACCUUUAGUGCCUGAAAUACUUUUUCUUUUAGUUUUCGUUUCUAUUCAAGUAAUAAUAGCAUGUUCAAGGAGAAUCGUCGCUUGGUAUGAUGAGCUGUAAGCAGCGAGACUUAAGCCAUUUUCUUAUACAAGGCUAAAGAAAUGGAGGUGAGGUUGAGAAUUUCAGCGCGCUUGCCCAGUUCAAGGUUUCUCCGGAAAUGGACCGGUGCUGUAUUCUUAACUUUUGCAAGUUCUGAUAGGGAGUGGGGGGCAACUCCGU